GUAAACAACAAAAAGAUGUUGGGCCCUUUUGUUUUGUAUGCAGACAGGAACAUUAACAAACAAAGAGCAAUCCAUUUCGUUUUCAUCUCUCUAAAAAAUUCCUCCAGUCUGGAUUCCCCAUAAAGCAUUUUAAUUCCAUCCACAAAAUCAUCAUUUCUCUUCUUUCCGGAAGCGUCAUUUCUCUUAUUCCCCACAAUCUGGAUUCCCAUUAAACCUAUCUGAAAUGGUGGCGGUGGUGGAAUCCAAUUCUAACAUCCCCAAUAUCAAUUCAAGUGGGAACGAUUCCUCUGUUUAUAAAAGGUCAAGUUUCAGAAUAAACGGCAGGUACCUGUCUUCUGUAAUGGGAGAGCCUUGCAUUUCUUGUACGACUUUUAACAUUUUGGCUCCUAUUUACAAGCGUCUCGAUGAACAGAAUCAAAGCCUUCGUGAAAGCGACUUCAAAGAAUCCUGGUUCAAAAGAAACCAGGCGAUUUUGGAUUGGUUGCUUUAUGAAAGAUCUUCCAUUAUAUGUCUUCAGGAGUUUUGGGUUGGAAAUGAAGAACUCGUGCGUAUGUACCAGGAGAGACUUGGUGAUGCAGGCUACAUUACUUUCAAGCUUGCACGAACCAAUAACCGUGGGGACGGGCUUUUAACAGCUUUACAUCGGAGCUGCUUCAGGGUUCUAAACUAUCGAGAGUUGCUUUUUAAUGACUUUGGAGACCGAGUGGCUCAACUAGUACAUGUUCAAUCUGUUGUUCCCUUCUUACCAAACCAAAAGGGCGGCCAACAAGAAAUUCUAAUUGUAAAUACCCAUUUGUUAUUUCCUCACGAUUCCAGCCUAUCUAUUGUAAGAUUGCAUCAGGUAUAUAAAAUACUGCAAUAUCUAGAAGUGUAUCAGAGAGAAAAUAAGCUUAACAACAUACCCAUUAUACUCUGUGGUGACUGGAAUGGGAGCAAACGAGGGCAUGUUUACAAAUUUCUUAGGUCACAGGGAUUUGUAUCAUCUUAUGAUAAUGCUCAUCAAUAUACUGAUGGUGAUGCAGAUGCUCACAAGUGGGUAAGCCAUCGAAAUCAUCGGGGGAACAUCUGCGGAGUUGAUUUUAUUUGGCUUCAUAAUCCUGAUAAUAAAUCAAGAAAACCACUAAAGACUAGUUGGGCUGAAGCAGUUUUUGGUACCAUAAAGAAUCAGCUUCAAAAAGCUUCCUUGGCUGAAAAUGAGGCUUUUGUCUUUUUGAAGGCUGACAACAAUGGUGAGGUUAUUACUUAUUCAGCUUUCUGUGAAGCCCUUCACCAGGUAAAUUUAGUUGGCCAACCUUAUGGACUGAGUUUCCAAGAAACAUAUGAUCUGUGGAAACAAGCAGAUGUUGAUGGAGAUGGUGUUGUUAAUUAUGAAGAAUUUAAGAGGAUGUGGAAUUCAACUUGUUCAGAGCAAAUAGAUGAUACUUUCAAUGACAAUAUGGAGACUUCCACAGAGCACGCAGAAGAAGUAGUAGUUGGUUUCACAGUAAAGUAUGCAUUUCUCUUCCCCCGAGAAGUUGAGAAAGGAUUAUGGCCCGAGAACUACUCUCUUUCUGACCAUGCCCCACUCAGUGUUGUAUUUUCACCGGUGCGGAUGCAGGCUUCUUAAUAGAUGUAGGCAUAUUUAUAGAUAAAACCACUCCUAGGGAAAGAACAGAAUUUUGUAAAAGCUUGAAAAUCAUGUAUGGAUAGCCCAUAGAAAAUCUCUUAUUGGGUUGGUU